AUGGCUAUGCUUGAUACUGGUGUCGCAAGGAAAUUUCCGAGAAAUCUAAAGUUUUUAUCUGUAGCAGAUAAUAACUUGUCUUUCGGACUUUAUUAUGUAGAACUGAUAUCUGAAUUGCCAAAUAUCGAAAUAGUGCGAGCGGACCAUCAGGGGAGUCCUCACAACUUAGAGACUGGCAGUAGCGACUGUAACGAUUGGCGUGCUCCGCCGCCAUCAUCGGAACUUUCAUUUAGUGGAUCGAGUGAAUUACUCGAUUGUAACAGAAACCUUCUGCGUAAGCUAGAUCACAACAGCAAGAUUUUAACAAAAUUUUCUUUUCCUGUGUCCUUAAGAGAGUUUUACUACAGUCAUAAUGCAAUGAAUUUUGAACUUGGAUCAAUAGUCUUUGCGGAAAAUAAUUUAGAAAUUUUAGAUCUUAGUAACAAUCUUUUCCAUUCAUGGAAAGGACCUUUGACCAAUUUACGGCAACUAAAAUAUGUCGAUGUAUCUCAUAACUACUGUACUUAUAUGUCCGAGUACCUUUUUUCUGUCGAUAAUAUUGUCAAAACUUUGUUGAUUCAAAACAAUCUGUUAGGACUGGUUCUUAACAAAGAUGACAAUAGGAAUAUAUUCAAGAAUUUUACAAAUUUAGAACUGCUCGAUCUUUCUACAAAUCACAUAUAUGCUUUACCGACACUUCUUUUCAAACACCAAUACAAACUGCAAACUUUAAAUCUUAGCAACAACGCGUUAAGUCUGUUUAGCUUGGACUUGUCAAGUAUGAAACAAUUGAGGCAUGUUGACUUGACACACAAUCAAAUAAGGUCAAUUCCCUCGACUCAACGGAGCCAGAUAGUAGAAUUAAGUAGAAACAAUUUGACUAUUGAUUUGAAAGGGAAUCGUAUGGACUGCACAUGUGCAGAACUGGAGUUUCUCAAAUGGAUAUCUAAGAAUAGAGCAUUUUUUGUGAAUUUUGAUGCAUACGAAUGUUUAUUUUCUAAUGGAACACAAGUGCCCUUUUCAAACUUUGAUGAGACUUUGAUUGAAAUAACGAAGUCAUGUGACAGUUAUAUCGGUAUCAUAGCGGUGUUUGCAUCAGUGAUUCUGUUGUCGGUUUCUCUGACCAUUUCUGGUAUCGUCUACCGCUAUAGAUGGAAACUACGGUACCUGUUUUACAUGGCAAAGACCAGGUACAGAGGAUAUACACCUGUCACUAAUGCAGAGGACGACGACGAUUUCAUAUACGAUGCAUUUAUAUCAUAUAGUUCAGAUGAUUGCAAAUUUGUCAAAAACGACAUACUGAGCAACUUGGAAGAUAAACAAGGGUUGCGACUGUGUCUUCAUCAACGGGACUUUAGUCCGGGCGUAGAGAUAGCCGAGAACAUAACUAAUGCCAUUCAUCAAAGUCGGAAAACCGUGGUCCUACUAUCUAGAAACUACCUUGAUUCAUAUUGGUGUAUGUUUGAAUUCAACAUGGCUCGAAUGGAGAGUAUAUAUUCUAGGGGAGGCAACUCUAUUCUGUUGCUAGUUUUCUAUGAGGAAAUUCCAGCCAAAGACUUACCUCUUACGUUAUUGGAUCUGAUAGAAAGUGAAAGUUACAUUGAGUAUCCUGAUGAAGACAUCCACGGUAGAGUUGUGUUCUGGAAUAAACUGGCCACAUCGAUUUCCCCGCAUGCAACAACUACAGUAUAAGGAUAUUGGAGGACGGUUUCAGACUCAAUUCCACUGACGCAAAUGUCGGUCAUAUGGAAAAGCGACAGGAAGUGGAUUUGAUUAAAUUCUACACUGACAAUAUCUGUGACAUAGGCUGAUUCUUCGUUUGAGAUGAACUAUUCAAUAUAUAUAAUGAUUAUUAUAACGAAGCAA